AUGAUACUAUCACCUGCUGAAAGAUCAUACUUGUAUGACUCGUUGUCACAGAAACCACCUAUUAGACCAGGUGCCAGAUCAGACCAUCAAUUCAGACCAUUGGAAGCAAAGACUUCAUUUUUACCAAAUUCAAAUGGAUCAGCUAGAAUAAGAUUGAAUGAUGGAAGUGAAUGUAUGAUCAGUGUCAAGUCCAAAGUGGUGGUGACCAAAUCAGUAACUAAUCUAAUUGAUGUUGAUAUUGAUGUGGCUGGGUUCAGAGAUGAUUCUAACUUUGUUUCUAACCUUAAAUAUAAUUUAACUAGUUUAUUAAUAACAAACUUCCCAUCUCAAUAUUUAAAAUUAACUUCAAAAUAUUCUUUCAAGUUGUUCAUAGAUUGCAUAGUGAUAAGUCACUCCUCAUAUCCAUUAAGUUUAAUAUCGUUAGCUACUUAUUUAGCUUUAAAAACUACUAGACUUCCAUUAUUGGUUAGUGAAGUUAAUGAUGAAGAAAUUGAAGAACAACCAACCUUUUCUGAUGAUUGGGAUAAUGCCAAAUACUUAGAUGAAGCUUUCGAACCUCCUAUUUUCAUAACACUCGGAGUAAUAGGUACAAAUUUACUCUUUGAUCCAUCAAUUGAAGAAGAACAAGUAUUGGAAAAUGGAUUAAUUGUUAGUUUCUACAAAGAUAAUGUUAUUACUCCCAUUUCAAAUAUCAAUUUAGCUACAAAUUCAAAUAAUUCAAACUUCAAAGGUUUAAAUCAAAAGCUUAUAAUAGAAAGUAUAAAUUUAUGUAACAAAUACUGUCCUGCCAUCAUAAAGGCAUUGAAUACCUUAACAGAACAAGACGAUGAAGGUGAUGAUGAUCAUAUCUUUUAA